UUUAAAGAUUAAUUUAAAACUCAGAAGAAAAUUGUCCUGUGGCAUUUGGUAAGAUAAUCCAAGGUAUAUAAUGAAUGUAUUGAAAAGCAGCUCAUCACCUACGGUUUGGAACAAAAGACAUGUAAUGAUAUACAAAAGGUCAGUCUUCUUUACUCAUAGUUCUUUGAAAAAGGUGUAAGCCAUUGAAGUGGUAUCUAUUCAGUCCACAAGCUAUAUAAUACCUUUUUUCUGACCAUGCGCUAUUUUCAAAUUAGCCUCAUUUAAGUAAUAUUUAAAGUUUCUUCACUUCCAUGCAAACAUCUAAACAUUGGAGAAUGUGUAUCUCAUCCCAUGUAUUACUAUUAAUUUUUUCUCUUUUGUCUCAAGGGUCUUUGCUUUCUGUUUCUAAGUCUAUGAGAAAAGCAGAAGAUAAUAUGCUGCUAAGCACAUUCAGCCUUGGAAAGAUAACACAGAAUGGUGACAAAGCUGGAAAAUCUUUUGAGCGUUAUAAAAUGGAGGACAGCAGUUUUCUGGAUGAAGACCGAAACCCACAUUUCUCAAAUAUAGGUUAUAAACAUGACAUUAACUAUGGCCAGCCACAAAGCCUAAGUGUUAAGCAGCUUCCUUAUUUUGAACUGGAGCAACCUAUGACUUUUCCAUCAAAUGCUGAGGUUGAAAAUAUUGAAUCAAUACAAGAUCGGCGUGAGACAGGAAGUGAUGAAAACUCGCCUAACUUGCCUAUUGGAAGAAGAGAUUUUGAUAUGCUCAGAUGUAUGCUGGGAAGAGUCUAUCGACCUUGUUGGCAAGCCUAAAAUGACCCUGAAGUGCAUCACUUGGAAGAGACAAACCCUUUCCUUCAUAAGUCAUAGAAACUGUAGUUGUGGUUAAAAUAUUGCUG